AUGGGUCUGAAAACACUGACGAAAUGGAUCGCCCUGGCCCUGCGGAACGAGUGGUUUUAUCUCUUCCUGAUGGGGACGACGAUGGCGAUCCUCAGUUUCGGAAUCGACUUCUUGAUCGAGAACCUCCAAGAAGUGCAUUACAUCAUGUACGCUUCCAAUAGCCACAGCUACGUUGCCUCGCUUUUUGUGUGGCUUCUUUUCGCCAGUGUUCUCGUUUUUGCUGCUGUGCUCGUUACCAAGACGAUCGCUCCAAAAGCGUCUGGAAGCGGUAUUCCCGAAAUGAAGACUAUUCUACGCAGUCCUGGAUUGCACAAAGAAUUCGUCACCUGGAAAGUACUCGUGGCCAAGUUGCUCGGUCUCGUCAUGGCGCUGGGCUCAAGAAUGCCGAUCGGCAAAGAAGGGCCAUUCAUUCACGUCGCUUCUAUCGUCGCGAUUUUGUUUUGCAAAGUUCAAAAUUUCAUUCUUCGAAAACGCACUGAAGACGCGCGAAUGACAGAACUUCUUAGCGCAGCAUGUGCUAUCGGUGUCAGUUGCUGCUUUGGUGCUCCCAUUGGCGGCGUGUUAUUCUCGAUCGAAGUCACCUCGACUUACUUUGCUGUUCGUGACUACUGGCGUGCCUUCUUUGGAUCAGUCAUGUCAGCCCUCGUCUUUCGUAUUUUAGCAGUCUUCUGGAAAGACGAAGAAACGCUUACUGCCCUUUUCCGAACAAACUUCCGCGUUGAUUUUCCCUUCGAUCCGCAAGAAAUCAUCGCUUUCGUCGUCAUCGGCGUUGUUUCUGGCCUCGCAGCUGCCAAUUUCGUUGCAUUCCACAAGUAUUUGAACAAAAAAAUUCCGCUCAUCUUCAAGUCCGACACGCAGCGACAGAUGAUUUAUCCCGUUCUUGUGGCUGCUGUUUAUUCGAUAAUGACCUUCCCAGGCGGGCUCGGCCGAGUAAUCGCCGGUGAAUUGACGGAUAAGCAGGCAAUCAUGAUGCUUUUCGACAACGCGACUUGGUCGAAUCCAGACACGACGGCAUUCAUCGACGAACGUCAAUUCCUGGCUGAAGGCGAGCUCGAGCGACUCAACGAAAGCUCCAUUCCAGUAAGCGAAGUGGAAGCGUUUGGUUGGGACAGAGCGACGGGAAAGCCGACCGGAGCGAAUUUGUACGUUUCUUUGACGCUCUUUAUCGUCGUGCAGUAUCUCGCUGCGGCGGUGGCGCAGACAGUUGCAUAUCCUUGCGGCGUGUUUAUGCCAGUGUUCAUGAUUGGUGCCGCUUUUGGUCGACUGGUCGGCGAGUCUAUGUUCGCUUGGUUUCCAAUGGGCUUCAAGGGACAAUUAGUGAUUCCUGGAGGAUACGCAGUCGUUGGCGCAGCAGCCUUCGCUGGUGGCGUCACUCAUACAAUUUCAACAUCCGUCAUCGUGUUCGAACUGACUGGGCAAAUCAGCCACUGCCUGCCCGUGUUACUGGCAGUUCUCGUUUCGAAUGCUAUCGCUCAGUACUUUGCUCCCUCUUUUUACGACUCUAUAAUCGUGCAGAAGAAACUCCCGCACCUGCCUGAUUUGAGAUCCUAUCAGAACUACAAUACGUGCGUGGAAAACUUCAUGAAACGGGAUGUUGCGGCUAUUCACGCGCUUGCUGAUGCAACUCAGAUCCGAGAAAUACUUGGCCGGUACAAGUAUUCCGUCUUUCCGCUAAUCGACUCUGUUUCGAACAAAGUCCUCUUGGGAAGUAUCACGCGAGCAGAGCUCAGCCACUCGGUCGAAAUGAGCAUGCCCAGGCCUUUGGAUUCGGCGACUGUGAACGCGGCCCCGGCGAUGAUAACGGAAAAGACGUCUCUGCACCGAGUUCAUACGAUGUUUUCGUUGCUCAACAUGAAACGAGCCUGGGUUGUCAAUGGCGGACGAUUGGUGGGCAUCGUCACGACGACGGAGCUUUCUGAAGAGAUCGUUGGCACGGCGAGGAAGUUCAACUUGGACCAGCGCGCGCGCUCGAACUCGUCGAUUGCCAGCGAAGAUCUCGAGCACCGACUGAUCGAGUCUGAAGACGACGGCGAGGAUUCCUUCGACGACCAAGUGCACUUCGAUCGCUCCUCGUUUAAUUUUAACCAAAGCCACAAUUAUACCAGAACGAACCUAUGA